AUGAUUAUUGUAAAUAAUUCUUUGUUAUCAACAACAACAACAACAACAGCAACGACAACAUUUAUCACAUCAUAUCUAAAUUCAACAAUGAAUACUGAAGAUAUACCAUCGUCAUCAUUCGGUAUUAUUCUUACUAUUAUUAUACUUUCACUUUUAAGUAUAUCUGGUUGGAUUUUUAUGUCUUAUACUUUAUUCGGUCGAUCUGAAGCUUAUCGUACAAAACCUGAUGAUCCAUUAAAUCCAGCAAAUAAUUCAGAUAGACCAAAUGACCAUAAUGAAUUUUUUCUUACUUUUGAUUAA